AUGGCGACAAACCUAGUUGACAAUGUGAAAACAGCGUUGGAAGGUUUGCCAGUAACUGACGUGACGGGAUGGCUUGAUAGCACGGUGGCUCUGUACUGGAUCGAAGGCAGAGGACAGUAUAAGCAGUUCGUACAAAAUCGGGUGAGGAAAAUUUGCGAGAAGAGAUACAUCGAGUGGAGGCACGUACCAACGGAUCAAAAUCCAGCCGAUGUCGGUAGUCGGGCAGGUUUGGGUUCUAACGAUAAGCAGUUGUGGCAACACGGACCCGGUUGGCUUGGUGCGAAAGAGAACUGGCCUCAAACUCCAGUGAUUGCUGAAACCGAUGAAUCGAAAGUCGAAACCAAGUUGACUCGUGAAGUAUUUGCAUUAGUCCUACCAGCGAAAGACACGUUUGACGAGCUCCUCGAAAAAUUUGAACUUUGGAAAAUGCUGCGAAUUGGAGCGUGGGUAGCAAGGUUCGUGUCUAAUGCAAGGAUUCAUGGGGGGGAAAAGUCAUUGGGACCUAUUACGACGGAGGAAAUCCAAAAGCAAGUACUAUUCUGGGUGAAAAGAGUCCAAGGGCGGAAUGAAACAACUGACACCUUCCACGACGACCGGUCACGAUUAAACCUUCAAACAACCAAGGACGGUGUGUACGAAUGUCGAGGCCGUCUUCAAGGACUUUACCCGACCUAUUUACCCGAUCAAGAAAUGUUCACCGAGAAGCUUGUGAUGGACGCCCACAUCCGAACCUUACAUGGGGGAGUGGGACUUACCAUGACUAAGCUACGGGAGGUUUAUUGGAUACCACGUUUACGAAGGUUGGUGAGGAAGAUGAUCAAAAGGUGUAAUGGCUGUAGGCGAUUUCGGGCAGUCGCAGUUGCCGAUCCUCCACCCGGAAAUCUUCCGACAGAUCGAACGGUUGGAUCCUCUGCGUUUCAAGUGAUUGGAGUGGACUAUGCGGGGCCAAUUCCCUAUCGGACAGCGAAAAAUCGAGAACGAAAAUCGUACCUCCUUUUGUAUACUUGUAGUCUGUCGAGAGCGGUCCAUUUGGAGUUAUUACCAGACCUGACCACGACAGAAUUCAUUCAUAGCUUGAAGAAGUUUAUCGCCCGUAGGGGUCGUCCUAGAAAAAUCUACUCGGACAACGGGAGGACAUUUGUGUCUGCAGCGACCUGGCUGAGAAAGGUGAUGAAAGAAGAGAGGUUUCACAACUGGUUGGCGGAACAAAGAAUCGAAUGGCAGUUUAAUCUAUCUCGCGCACCGUGGUGGGGCGGUCAAUUUGAGCGGAUGAUAGGAUUAGUCAAACAAGCAUUAUACAAGACCAUCGGGAAAGCUUGUCUACAGUAUAAAGAACUUCAAGAAGUAUUGCUAGACAUUGAGCUGGUUUUAAACAACCGACCGUUAGGUUACGUAGAAGAUGACGAACAGAUGCCAAUUCUUACUCCUAACAACCUGAUGUUUGGUCAGCCAGGCACAAUCCCUGUGGAAGAUGUCGAUUGUAUUGAUGAAGCAAGCCUUAGAAAGAGAGCAAGAUAUGUUGAGAAAUGCAAAAGCGCUUUGUGGUCGAGAUGGUCAUCGGAGUAUCUCCGGGGUUUACGAGAACGACACAAUUUAAAACAUCCGAAGAAAGAGCAUAAAUUGAAACAGGGUGACGUGGUGAUUAUCAAGGGAGAAGAAAGAGAUUGGAACAAAUGGAAACUCGGUGUUGUAGAUCAGAUGAUUAAGGGAAGAGACGGUGUGAUCAGAGCGGUCAAAUUGAGAGCAGGAAAGUCAUACUUGGAGCGUCCAAUUCAGUUCUUGUAUCCAAUGGAAUUAUCGUGCGACAUAGAAUCACCAAAGACGAGCUUGAACGCGAAGGAGUUUAAACUCAAGAGAAAGGCGGCGAUAACCGCUCAGGAGAACCUUCGGAAGAUAAUAGAAGUAGAGAAACAAAGUGACUAA